GACCCCCGGCUAACUUACUCAGACGGUGAUCUGGAUAUAUAUUUGCUCCAGAUAUUUUUCUUGGUAGCAGGUAGAGCAAGAGCCAAGAAUUCCGAUAUCGAUCAGAUCUACUUGUGCUAGCUCAAGAUGUUGGACAAGCUUUGGGACGACGUGGUGGCCGGCCCUCAACCGGAGACGGGCCUCGACAAGCUCCGCAGGGCCGCCGCCACUAAACCUCUUGCCAUCAACAAAGAUCUUGGCGGAUUAGCAGCUGCAGGCGAGGCGAGCAAGUCGGUCCCGACGACCCCGACGACGCCGGUGACGCCGUCUUCGUCGACGCCGCCGCGCGGCAGCAACGUCUGGAGGAGCGUGUUCCACCCGGGGAGCAACCUGGCCACCAAGAGCAUCGGCGCCAACCUCUUCGACCGCCCGCAGCCCAACUCCCCCACCGUUUACGACUGGCUCUACAGCGACGAGACCAGGACCAGGAGCAACCACCGCUAGAUCGAUCCCAGCCGUCAGACCGUAGAAGAAUAGUUGGUGAUGAACAACUUCUGCGACGCCAUGUUUGUUGGUCUUUAUGGUUAUCUAUCUACAGGGAUGGAGGCGACCGAGAGUAAUCCGCGAGUAUGCGUGUAUUUGUGUCGUGAGCGACUCAUCUGUAAAUUCUACCGUUCCAGUGCGCGUGUGUGAGCUUACCAAAUGUUUAAUUAUCUGUGUGUUAAGACAAUAACAGCCUCCCAUUGUUGUCAUU